UCGAUGUUGCCGCUGUUAGUCCGUCUGGCGCAGUCGAGCGGCGGGCACGUCGUCGAGCUAAUCUCAAAGAAUAUUUUCAAACAUUUAGAAACUACGUAAUAAAUUGGUUUUAUUCGAUUCUCUUAUACGAACAAUUUACACGAUCGUAAUUCCGAGAUAUCUAUAAAUCUUUAACGAAGAAAGAUAAAGGAAAAUAGAAAAGAUAAACAAAAAAAGAAAAAAAAAAAAGAAAGAAGAAGAAGAAGAAGAAGAAGAAGAAUAAGAAGAAAGAAAAGAAAAGAAAAGUAAAGUAAAGUAAAGAAAAAGAAAAUAAAUCUGUUUUUUUUUUCCCUUAUCGUAACAAAUAUCGAACGUCGGUCUCUUGGUAGUAACACAUUUUUCGUCCAACUAGCGCGAAGCUCUGGUGGUGGUCAAGAUGGCCGAAAAGAGCGACUCAACGCCGGGCUCCACGUCGGCCACGACCGGUCAACAAAAUAAUUCGUUAUUUCUAACGAGUUUUGUCGAAGAAAUCGUUAGAAGUCCCGUUAAUCUUGUAUUGGUCGGUAUAAUAGCGCUACUCGUUUAUAAAAUUGUUAAGAGUAAGAUUAAGUCUGAGGAACCAUUGAAAGAGAUCAAACGUUUACCAAAAUUACAUCGUGAUUUUACCGUCGAAGAAUUGAAAAAGUAUGACGGCAAUGGGAGCGAUGGAAGAAUAUUGGUUGCACUUAAUGGAAGCGUUUAUGAUGUUACCAGAGGUGCCACGUUCUACGGCCCUGGUGCACCGUACGCAGUAUUUGCUGGACGAGAUGCUAGCAGAGGAUUAGCAACGUUUACGUUAGAAUCGAUCAAGGAUGAAUACGAUGAUCUGAGCGAUUUAGAAAGUGAACGAAUGAGUUAUAUUAAGGAAUGGGAGUUGCAAUUUAAAGAGAGGUACGAUUACGUAGGAAAAUUAUUAAAACCAGGAGAAGCACCAACGAAUUAUUCGGAUGAGGAAGAUGAAGGUAGUCAGCAAGAGACUGAAAAUAAAUCGGAUCAACAAAAUACAAAAUCUGACAUCUGUGAAAACGUACCUAAAUCAAAAGAUGAUUGACCGCCCCGUUCUGUGUCAAAAAUGAAAGAAGAAUUUUGGGAAUACACUGAGCGCACAGAGUUGUUGAAAAAAUUUUUAGAAUUAUCAUUCAUAGAAAUGUUUACGAACGUUCAGUCGAAUAUUUUAUUAAUUUUUAACACUAUUUCUGGAAGAUAAGUAAGGUAAUAUCUUUUAGUUAAAUCGGAAACUCUGAGCUGGUGUUUCGUAUAAAGACUUCGUUUGAGUGCCUGAUUUUGACAAAAAAAACACACACACACACAGACACAUAUUCCGAUUAUUAUAUACAAUCUUUUUAUAUCUGUACAAAGAAUUUUUCUACAAAAGUCACAUCAAACUUCUAUUAGGCAGAAUUAAUAACUAUCACUAUGUUUCAAUCAUAUUCCACUAUAUUAAAAUGACACGUGUGUUUGAUAUCACCUGUCAUAUCUUACUAUGUUACAUUGAGAGCAUAGAAUAUGUGUACUUGGUGCCCCUGAAAUUUAACAAGUUAGCGUUAAGUUUCAGUUGCAUUUGAAUAUUAGUUUUAGGUUCUGCAAUAUUUUUUAUGUGUGUGUAUAUAUAUAUAUAUACACAUGCAGCUCUGUUACUCUGUCUAAAAUGCAUCUUGAUUUUAAAUAUUAAAUUAUAAAGUUUGUUGUUAACAAUUGACAAAUUUCCAAAUCUCUUCAAAUUUCAUUGUGGUAUAAAAAAUGCUUUAUAGAAAAUGCUAAUUCUGCUCUGUAUGCUUUAUUAAAGUUAUAUCUCUAAUAAAGUCUUUAGAAAAAAAUGAAACAUUACCAGGAUGAUAUUACUGAUGAGUAUCGCAAAAGAAGUAUAUAACGUAAUGUUAUACCAAACAUUAGAUUAUCAAAUCAUCUAACUGGUAAAGCAAAAGAAAGAAAGAAUUUUUUUAUAAAAAGAUUUUACUACAAUGAAAUCGAGAUCUUCGUAUGCAAGAAUUAUAAUUUGAACUCUAUCCUUUUUAUAUAUAUACAUAUAUAUAUAUAUAUAUAUUUUUUAUAUAUAUGCAUAUGUAUAUAAAAUAGAUAUAUAAAAACAUACACAGAGCUUUUUCCCCUGCAGCAUUUAAUAAUAUUUAAAUCUAUACAAUUGUUCUGUUUGUAUAGGUAGGAGGAUUUUGUAUGAAUUACGACAAUUAUGAAGAAAUAUUGUAUUCAACCACGUUAUUAUUUUGAACACGAUAAAACACAGAUUUAUUAGUCGAAUUCAUGAGACCUACAUUUAAAAAUGAACUUGUAAAUAAUUCUUCUUUGUAAGUAGAUUUAUAUAUAAUAAGAAUGAGCAUACAUUAAUAAUUAAUUAAUUACGUUUCAUUUAAAUGAGAAGUUGGUUUCAUGAGUUGUAUGUUUAUUCAUGUUAGGGGUAUUCAAGUAAAUUCAUGAUUCAAUAUCAUUUAUUUGAAAAUAUGAUUUUUAUGUUUGAAAUUAUAUAUCAAUUCUAUUUGUUUUUUUUUCUCUCUUGUUUUCUUUGUAGUGUAUCCAAAUAUUAAUUUUACAUGUGCGUAUUAAUUUCUAUUUAUCACUCCAUGUUACUCGUUUAUCAAUUUUACAUCCAUCGAACGAACAAAUUUAUUGUAUAUUAAAAAAAACACACACACAUUGUUAAUUACAUUAACAUGUUAUUUAAUAACGUUAAAUAUUUUAACUAUAUUCAAUCACACGAAUUUAUUCGCAAUAGUUCUAUAAUAUGAAAAUGGUUUAUAGCGUUACAAGAAGAAUUUUUUAAUUUGUUUUCGCAUGUAUUUACAUUCAGAUUUUUAAAAAUAAUCUAUGUUCUAAAUUACAAAUUUUAACCGCAUUUGUCCCUAAUAUAUUUUGUCUCAAAAAGAAAAUUCUCUCAUCCAAUUUUAUAAAACAUGUUACAUAUGAUUUUUAAUACAAUUGUUUACUUUUAUUAAAAAUGAUACUACUAAAAUAAAAAAAAAAAAAGGAAAAGAAAAAGAAAAUACAAAAAAAGAAACAGGAAAAGAUUCCGUCUAUCUCCAACCGUAUGCAAAUUAAUAAUAAUCUAUUUUGUAAUAUAUAAGUUUAACUUCUUUCAAACAAGGCCAAUAUUUAUAAAAACUUAUUAAACUAAUUCUUUUUUGUAAAACAAUACAAAAGAAAAGAAGAGAAAACAUUACAUAAAUGUUAAUUCUUAAUUCAUCGAAGAGAAAAAAGAAACCAAAUUAACGUGUAAACAGCAUAAUGCAUAUAUUUGAACAACAUCGUUUUUUGAAAAAAUUCGUCAUUAUGAUCCAUUAUAUACUUAAUAAAAAUAAAAAUAUACAAAAAAAAAAUAACAAAAAAGAGGAAAAAACUAAAAAAAAAAAAUGUAUGGUGUAAAGCAAAUGUAUGGUGUAGGUAUGGGAUUCCUUAUUGUUAAAUAUUAUUAUUAUACAGCAAUAACAAAAAAUAUAAUAAUUUUUGUUAACAUUGAA